UGCCAGGGCGGUGUCGGGGCGGGCCCGUCCGGCGGCGCGGCGCGGGGCCAUGCGGCAGCCCCCGGGCGGUGGCAGCGGCGGCGGCGCCGCCUUCCUGCCCGCGGCGCGGUGCGGAGCGGCGGCCGGAGCGCCCCGCACAGCCAUGGGCGAUGGGUGGCUGCCUCCGGACUGCGGCCCCCAGAACCGCUCCGUGGCCGGGGUGACGGCCGUGCCGCCCGGGAGCCGGCAGCUGCCCGCCGCCGAGCUGUCGCAGCAGUGGGCUGUGGGCAUGAGCCUGCUGAUGGCCCUGGUGGUGCUGCUCAUCGUGGCCGGGAACGUGCUGGUGAUCGCGGCCAUCGGGAGGACGCAGCGGCUGCAGACCCUCACCAACCUGUUUAUCACCUCGCUGGCCUGCGCCGACCUGGUGAUGGGGCUGCUGGUGGUGCCCUUCGGGGCCACGCUGGUGGUACGGGGCACCUGGCUCUGGGGGUCCUUCCUCUGCGAGUGCUGGACCUCCCUGGACGUGCUCUGCGUGACCGCCAGCAUCGAGACCCUGUGCGUCAUCGCCAUCGACCGCUACCUGGCCAUCACCUCGCCUUUCCGCUACCAGAGCCUCAUGACCAAGGGUCGGGCCAAGGGCAUCAUCUGCACCGUCUGGGCCAUCUCUGCCCUGGUCUCCUUCUUGCCCAUCAUGAUGCACUGGUGGCGGGAUGACGACCCCCAGGCGCUGGAGUGCUACCAAGAUCCGGGCUGCUGCGACUUCGUCACCAACAGGGCUUACGCCAUCGCCUCGUCCAUCAUUUCUUUCUACAUCCCUCUUCUCAUCAUGAUCUUUGUGUAUCUGCGGGUGUACAGAGAGGCCAAGGAGCAGAUGAGGAAGAUCGAUAGGUGCGAGGGCCGGUUCUACGGCAGCCAGGAGCAGCCGCAGACGCCCCUGCCCGCUCACCCUCAUCACCAGCCCAUCCUCGGCAACGGCCGGGCCAGCAAGCGAAAGACCUCCCGCAUCAUGGCCAUGAAGGAGCAGAAAGCCCUCAAGACUCUGGGCAUCAUCAUGGGGGUGUUCACCCUCUGCUGGCUCCCCUUCUUCCUGGUGAACAUCGUCAACGUCUUCAACAGGGACUUGGUGCCGGACUGGCUCUUCGUUUUCUUCAACUGGCUGGGCUACGCCAACUCCGCGUUCAACCCCAUCAUCUACUGCCGCAGCCCCGACUUUCGUAAGGCCUUCAAGAGGCUGCUGUGCUGCCGCCGGAAAGCCGACCGGUGGCUGCACAGCGGCGGCGGGGAGCUGGCCCGCCUGCCCGGGGGCUUCAUCAGCACCGUGGGCUCCCCGGAGCGCAGCCUGGCAGGGACCUGGUCCGACUGCAACGGGGGCACACGGGGCGGCAGCGAGUCCAGCCUGGAGGAGAGACAUAGCAAAGCCUCCGACUCGGAGUCCAAGACCCUGCCAAAUUCCCAAACGGCCCAGGAGGAAGUAAGGAGUCUUUCUCUUCAUAUAAACAAUCACGCAUAAUGUAAGAUCAACAAUAUUUUUUGACAAUCAUGUGGCAGAAGAAAUCGAUCUGCUUUUUCUCUGAGAUGUUUGUGUGCCUGCCCAUCCGCCAGGAGCUGCUGCCCAUGGUAACAGCAGGUGAUUUAUCCCUGCAAUUCAGUAACUUCAGCCUGCCAAACUCUGCUGGGAAAAGUGACCAAGAUGGGAAAAGGAUAAAAAAGGUGAUGCUGGUGAGCAAACACGGGAUUGUCAAUGCAAAAAGGAAAACUUUGGCCAUGCUGUAGGUGUUGCCUUUUACUGGUAAAGUUUUAUUGGUUUGGAGAGGAAUACACAGGCAGAGGCACUGUGGAAACACAGGUUAAGAAGUAUGGGAGGUCAGACAUUCCAUGUAGGACCAUGCCACCAAAGGACUGGCAGCUGAAAUAUGCCCAAAACAUUCCUAGAAGUUUUUCUUAUUCUUUGUGGAUAACAGCAGCAGACUAAAGCACACCUGAGCAGCUUUCAGCUGAUGCAAAGCCACGCAGCUCCCUGGCCAGCCACGGACACAUGGGACCCCCUCAGCAUCUCCUCCUCUCCAAGUGGCUCCAGAUGAGUUUUGUUGGACCUGGAGCCAUCCCCCAGCCUGGAGCCACCCUCCUGUUCCAUGGUGCCAAGCAGGAGGUGCCCCAUGGCCUCGGGGGUUGGCAGUGCUGUGAGCAGGUGCUGUGGGGUGCAGGGUGAGCCCGUGCUUCCCCUGGGCAUGCUAGCACUGGCUGCCAGCCAUGCCCCUGCCCUGAUUCAUCCUCUGUCCUCCCAACCAGCUACAGAAUCAGACCUGCUGUGCUGGAAAUGGAGCAGAGUUUGGGUCUGUUAUGUAAACUGGCAAUCAGCUUCCUGGUUCACCAAAACCAGCAGCUUGGUACUCACAUUUACUUCACAAGCUAAUUUUUUUUUCUCUGCCCCACUCAGCUUCCAGGUUUUUCAUGGUAAUAUUUGCCUGCUUGGCCUUGCCACCCAGCAGUACAAGUUUUUUUUGUCUCUGCCCUGGCUGCUGUUUGAAUCCAGAUAUGAACUGUACCAGGUGCUGGACAGUGUCUAGCUUUGGUUGUACUCAUUCCUUUCAGGACUGAUGCUCAAAGUUAUUAAUACUGGCUGCACCAGAGUGCAAAACUCCCAGACAAAUAGGAAAUGAGUCCUGACCUCCAGGUUCACACCCUAAAGAAGAAAACAGAAUCGUACCAUUUGCAGACUUUUGCUAUUGGCAUGAUUAGCAGAGCAUCUCAGAUGUAAUGGUGUACCCUUCCCAUCUGAUCCUGUGUAAUGCACCAAAUCCUGUUGUCCUUAAUGAGAUUAAAUGAGGAUUUUUUUACUAGUUCAGUGCCUUAGCCAUUAGCAACUGCGGGGUGUCUCUAGGCAGUGAUGUACCUUUGCAAGCCUGGCCCAGUGUCUCUCUCAAAGCCAUGAUAUUUGGCUUCUUCCUACUAAAAUUAUUUUGAUAAUUGCUCUUAAGCUCAUUGGCACAACACUUUGAAAGGCAGAUCUAAGUGUAUAUACCAAAGAGGCAAACAGAGACACUAAAGAGCUCAAAAUCUCAGCAGCUGCUAAGUGUAUAAGUAUUUCAGCUACCAACAUGCCAUUCUGCAGGGCCAGGUGAGUGCUGCAGCCCCCUUAAAACCUGCAAGCUGCCCUCCCUCAGAGGGGGACCCCGCCACUGUAAGGAACAAUUGCAGGUACAGCGCAAUAGCUCAUCACAAAAGGUUUUUCCAGGUGGUAAAAUUUGAGCAGUGUUUUGCUGCCAAAAUGUAGAUACAUCUUUUUAAGAAGGAAAGCAAUUCCUAGUGGGGAAGGGAGAACAGUGCUCAUGGUUAAAGUUUCCAUGUGCAGAUGGAGAGCCCCGCACUGACUGGUCCAGUGAGAGUUACAGACACCCUGGUGAUGGACAGAUGCCAUCCACCACAGCCUCCCCAGGGACGCUCUCUGUGCCCCCAUCACCUCCCUGUGCUGUCAUUUGGGUGUACAGUGUGUGCCCCUCUCACCUGCCUGGGUGUCAGAAGGGCCCUCUCAGAAUCUCUGCUGGUCAGAGUGACUCUGAGAUACGUGCAAGUCUCUUUUCUCAGCUCAGCAGUUGAAGAAGGAGUUAGGAUUCUUCUGUUCUCAUUCCCAAGGUUGUUUGUUAUUUCUUACCUAUAGAAUUCUUUCUCCGACCUGCCGAGGUCUGUCUGGCAGGUCGGGUUCAGACACACUGCCCACCUCAGAGGUGGUGUUGUCCUUUUAUACUAAAAACUGUGUGAAAAUUAUUUACAAUAACUUCCCAAUACCUAUCACCUAUGUUAGACAGUGAGUUUCUACCUUAAACCAACCCAAAACUGCCAGCAUCACCCAGAAGGUGGAGGCUAGGAAGAAGAAAGAAGAAGGACAGGGUAUGCCCAAAUUCCUCCAUCUUGGGACCCCAUGCCCCCAUUCUAAAAACCUCAAAAAAUUAUUUUUCAUUCCAUGACAAACUAUUAUUCUACUUAAGCCCUCUUGACUCCUAAUUCUUCAUAUGAAGGUGGUAAUUUACUCCAUGGGUCAAAAUCAAAGUCACAGGUGUCUUGGGCUCGGUGCCAAGGUCUCUGAGCCCAUUGGCAGGGGCUCGAGACAUCCAGGACAGCCAGAGAGAUGUCCUGGCUUCCGACAGGGACCCAGAGGUGUCCCGAGACACAAAGGUGAGUGUCAGCCUGGGAGGAGCACUUCCUCUUGGAUUGCAGCAGGUGAACUGGGAGAUGUCUCGCAGAACUCCCAUUGUUCCACAGCCCGCCUUCAGCCAGGGGUGGUGUGUUUGUCUGUUCUUCCCCUAAAUGCUCACUUGAGAGCCGUCAAAUAAAAUCUCAAUUAGCUCACUUAGGAGGCGGUGUGGGAUGUGCUGGCUGGCAGGCAGCGCUCCCUGGCAGGCUGCGAUCCUCGAUCCUCGCCGGGGAGGCAGGAGGGCGAUGUGGGACCUGCUGCUCACACACAGCCCUGCCCGAGCAUCGCUGCUACCCCGGCGGGUUCCCGUCACCAGUCUGGGACACCACCAGUGCACCCAGGCUGGAUCUGACACGGGACCAUCUGUGGGGAUGCUCUCAAAACUGCUGUGUCUAAUACUCGGGCUUUUGGGGGCUUUUAUCUCACAAGGCAGGUGCUGCAGUAAUUGCCAGUCACAACAGGUGUUGUAGCAGCGCUCUGAACCACCUUGAGAGCAUCCACGGGAGAGGUUUUGUUCCUGUUUCACUGCCAGGCAGUUACCAGCUGUCUGGCAGCAGGGUAGAUGCCUGACUGUGGUUUUUAACAUCAGCUUUUCCAAAUCAGGGCUCGUCCUUGCCCCCUCUCCUCCCCAGCCUUCAAAUCCCAUUCCGUGUCCUGCUCCCCAGCCUGGCUCUGCUGCCUCUGCUGCUGCAGGCAGUGGGCUCCUUGGCUGGAAACCAGCUCUUUCAGACAAGGCUUGUUUCAGCUCAUCCAGCAGGUUGCACAAACAGGGGUAACAAUUGGCACAGGAAGAUGCAGAGUGAUGGGUUAGGGAUCAUCUGGUUUGGUAGCAGCCUUGAUUUGAAUCCAUCACUGUGAUCACCAAUCUCAUGUCCAGCGGUGAUGCUGCAGAAGCUGAGACCCAAACCAGCCCUCCCUGACCCAUUGUUUUGCUUGACUGGUGCUGAAAAAAGAGGGAUUGCCACCCAAACCUUCCCUCCCUUUCAGAAGCUGCUCUGGAUAUUCUAGUCAGAGGCAUAGUGACUAAGCCAUUAAGCUUCUCACUGUAUGUGAAAAGUCAAAAUAUUUUAUUAUUUUUUUACAAAUACUGGUAAAGUAGAAAAAAAAAUUAUUUAGGUUUGAUUAUUUCCAGGACCAGAGCAUGGGGCAUGGAACAAACUUUUGACAGAGACUGGGACCAGAGCAGCUACAAGAGUAACUCUUGUGGGUCACAGCACUAAACCGUCCUCAAAUGCAAGAGGGUGAUAUGGCCACAAGCCAGGGACAGUGGAAAAAAAAUUCCCCAGGAAGAGCAGUUCUGUUUGCCCAGAGUGUAUGUAUGAAUCCCAACACUCAUGGGCACCACUGAGCUGUUUGGGGCUUGUGAGCAAACCCCAUCAUGUGUGUCUGAUGAAUGAUGUUUAGCAGCUUUUAUUCCUGCACACUUCACUUAUGUGGGAGCAAGGAAUGUGGUGAUAAAAAGGCUGGAAUGAUUUCAGUGCUGGAUAGUUUCCAUUAAUAUAUUUCUCGUUAUACAACGCUGCCAUCACAGUACAAAAUCCAGUAAGGUGCUUUUAGGAAGGUGGAACUUUUCUCCAUAGCUGCAAUUAGGGAAGUGGGGCUGUAGAGCAGGCUGGGCUUUCAUCAGCCCAAUUUUAAUUGCACCGGAUGUGUUUGGGCUAUUGCAUGGUAUGAAUUUCUUUGCCUUUAGGUUACGAAGCACCUCAUAAAUUAAAAGGUUGAUGUUGUCAAAUGCAUGCCAUUAACACUCCAAGCAGAUAAUCCUUCCCGUGGCCUCAUCAGAGUCUAUCUCAGAGCCUGUCUCCAGAUAAUGGCCUGGAAGAAGAACAAUGGUGCUCCCAGCUCCCAGGGGCCUCCACUCCUCUGUUCUGUGCUUCAGAGAAGAAAAAUUAUCAUUAUCUGCAUGGCUCAAGCUGUCUUUGAAAUGCAGUUAUUUUUUACUCAUACACUCCCAAGUAUUUUUUACGUGAUAUCAGUGAGAAACUUGAAACCCCCUUUGAGAAGAGAAAGAUUUCCUGCAGCCCUACUACUAAAGAAAAUGGAUAGAUCAAGUAGUAAAGUUCAAUGACUUACUUAGCGUUAAAUAAGAAAGAGAAUAAUGAAUUGGAUUUUGUGUGCCUGGUUUUCCUCUGCAGGGAGCAGCCAGGCUAAUGGAUUUUCAUUGCCUUGUGCUUCUGUUCAUCAGCCUAGGUGAGUUCAAAACACUCUUGCCUUUUUAUGUUCUCCUUUCCCUGCCCACUUGUCACAACUUCAAGUAUUUGGAGAUCAGCAAACACAUAGAUUUGCUGCCAUCAGCACCAUCUUGAUUGGGGAGGAAAGCAGAGGGUUAACCCCCUGCACCCAGUGAUGACUUUUGGCUGCAUGGGCAUCUGUAUUUUAUGCCUGGUAGCUGCAAGUAGACAAUUCCUUACCUAGGGUGGACACUGAUUUCCUACUAUUAUGAAUUCAGGCUGUAACGUCCUUCAAAAAAGACAUUAUUUCCCCACUGGGUUCACCAAAUAUUUGUUGGGUCUCCAAACCCUCCUCUUUGUUUAGAGGAUUUGCCAAACAUGCCGUAGGGCUUUUAUUGGGGAAGGAAGGGAGGUGGCGGAGGAGGAAACUACUACAAAGCAAUUUAACAUAAACAACUUUCCCCUGUAAACUCCAGACACAGCCUGGCAGGGAAGAGGUUAAAACCAGGGGGUGGAUGGGGAGACUCAUUUGGGCAAAGUAAUAAAUGGCAAAUUGAAAAGCCCGGGGAGAGAAAGGGGAAGAGAUGAGCUGACCCUACAUGGGACCCUAAAGGGACUCUCUGGCUUGCUGGAAGCCCUCUCCUGCUCUGACCUCGGGGUUUGGACCUGGUUCCUCCCUCAGCAUGCCAAAGCUGGGGGAUGCUCAGACAGGAAUUCUGCAGAACUGAUUGGGAGUCAUAUUUCAAAGGUGAACCUGAAAGGUUUCUACAGAGCCAGAAAUUGCUACUUCCUGCCCCAAAUCUUUGCUGGGUCUGCCAGGGAGCUGCUCUCUGCCCACUUGGAGCAGGAUUUCCGUUUUCCUACCAGCCUUGGUGCCUCAGGCUUUGUGGUCUGUUUUUGUCUGAGUGGGAAAUGCAUAACGGACAAACAGUUUAAACAACUUAUGGUACAAGGAAACUCACUGGAGUGAAGUACAGGGCUCUAGUUUGUUUCCAAGGAAGUGAUGCACCCUCCAAAAGCACUCCACUCAAGCACUGAUAUUCCAAGUGCAGGGUAAUUGUGACCAUCCUCAGUGCUGCCCUCAGCCCUCAGCUUGGCUGGUGCUCAGGCACAGCUGAAUGCCUGAGGUUCAGGGAAGGUCUGGCAGUGGGAGCUGUCCUGACUCUUGGUUUGCUUGUGUGGGAAAUUCUGGUCAUCCUGGUGCUGGGGAAGGAAAGCCCAGGAGCCACAAAAGCCACAGAGGAAUUCUCUUGUUCUAUUUCCAGCCCUGCUUUUUCAGACACAAAGGUUUUCAGAGCAGAUGCAUUUCUGAAGCUUAUCUGUGAAUAGUUGACUGCUUAUCCAAGCAGAACAAAAACCUUCAAACCUUCUGAGGUCUAUCCAUCAAGAACCUUAUCUCCCCAUGUCACAAUUUGGCUCCUGGCUGCUGCUGCUUGGAGCCUCCUCCUUGGAGCUUCCCAUCUUCCCCCUCUGUGCUGCUCCACAGCAUUCUGCACAGCCACCCUGUGGUCACAGCCUCCCUGCCACUUCAGUGAUGGCCUCUGCACUGCAUGCAGGGGCAGCUGUGCUGCUGCAUGCUCUGCAGCCAGCCAGCAUCCUGAUGGGCUGCAUUUGUGCUGCUGGGUCACAGCCCGUGGUCUGCAUCCUUUCCACACACAGAGUCUGGGACACAGCCAGAGCAGAGCACACUGGCUCUGCCUGGCCCCAAGAAUGAGGAACAUUUGCCUUUUUUUUAAUGGGAUAUUAAUGGAGCUUGGAUAAAGGAAUGCUGUCUCCUCUAUCUGAGGUUCCAAGACUGAAAUAUCCAAGGAGAAUACUUCUGAUCCUCUCCCACCUGGAAGCUCCUGCUCCCUUCUGGCAGAGGCACCACUGACGUGGGGCUGCUAAAAGAUCUCAAGGAGCACCUUAAAAACCCAGGCAGGCUCUCCUCUUGUAGCUGAGCAUGGUACCUGAGCCACUGGGAAGCACCAGGAGCAUGGCAGGAACACAGGAGAGGCAUCAGCAUCAUCAGCCACGUGGGAAUUCCUGGCCAAGCAAAACAGCUGCACAGUCAGACUCAGUGCCCAGUUUGUACCCUGAGUUACUGGGCUGUGCCAGGAGAGUCUCUGCAGUGCCUUGGGACCAGGGCCACGGGACUUUUCUUGCUUUGAAGCUGAGCUGGCACAAGAAGUUGUCUGCAGCCGUCCUGUCAAAGCCAUGGCCAAAAACAACAGGGUGAAGGCUUUGGAAAGAGCCACCCAUGCAUAGUGUCACUGAUUUAAGCUGAGGACCUGGCUGGCCCAGAGCUUGAGAGCAGCUUUUAUGCAGGUCAGAGGCUGAGAUCCUGUGCACCACGGUGGGGAUCAGAGACCUCUGCUGCUUGGUGCUGCCUGGACUCAGCCCAGCUGUAGACAAGCCUCAGCCUCAGGGUGGCCUUUUCCACCAGGGACCAUUUUCCUAUGGCCCUUUUCACAGGAGGCUCUGAUGUGGGGGUUGGUUUUGCUCUCCUCCCUGUGGUUUUAAUUUUUUUCUCUGUUUUGAUGGUCAGGGGGAUAAAGCCAAUUCCCAUCUCAUAUAAAACAAUGAAUUAGUCUCAAUAACAAGAGGCUAAAUGUGCUUUUUAUACUGUGGUGUAUGAUAAGCUAUUUAUAAAUUUCAUAUCACUGCUGGAACGUAGUCAGGGUUUAAAA